AUGAUAAUUACUCUAGCCCGGCGCCACUAUUUGAUUAUGAAAAUGGUAUCAGAGGGUAUCUACAUAUACUAUCAGAGCUCGGGUCGCGCAAAGAUAUCGUCGUCGUUAACUUUUAACGUCGAUAUCACAGGAUACAUGAACUCGGGCCGUUCGAGCAGCUUCGAGCAAGGGAUCUGA